GUGAGAGGGGGAAGAAGAAGAAGAAGAAAGCAGCAAAAACCCUCAGUUUCAUUUCUCUGACCUAAGAAAAAUGGGGAGUAGAUUGGGAGGAAGAGUGGUUCAUUUCGCGAAUCUUCCGAUAAAGCUUCUGAUGCCGGCGAAGCUGACGAACAUACACGAGUUCGCGUUGAAAACGAUCCCAUCGGCGACGAAGAUCGAGAUCAAGCGAGUCCUUGAAUCACUCUACGGAUUCGAUGUGGAGAAGGUGAACACGCUGAACAUGGACGGGAAGAAGAAGAAGCGUGGAGGUUUGCUGAUAGCGAAAGCUGAUUACAAGAAGGCUUACGUCACGCUCCGUAGCCCUCUGUCGAUUUCUAGGGAUUUGUUUCCGGUGAAGUACAUCGAGGAAGAUAGGAAGAGUAAAGUGAAAGGAUCUAGCUUUGUUGAGGAGGAAGACGAUAAAAAGAGUCAUUGGCUUGAUCGGAAGGAGAAGAGGGAGAUCGGUGGUUACGGUAAUGGUAAAGGUAAAGGUCGUCGUGGUGGCGGUGAAAGGGCUAAUUCUCCGACGAGGGCUGGUGCUGCGGCGGCGGCGGGUACGGCUAAGUUUCCAUGGAGCAACAUGAGAUUUGUUGGUAAGUAGGGUUUUUUUUGUUUCUUAAUGAUAAAAUUAAAUAAUCCCAAUUUUAGGGUUUAAGAAUUUGGGUGGGUUUUGUGUUUCUGAAUCGGACUUAUCGAUUUUGUUUUAAGUUGGUUUGAGGUUUAAUGGAACGAACACAAAUAUAUAAGCCAUAUGAUGAUAUUUGCUGAUCGAUUCAAGCUUUUUCUUGUGA